CCCUUUCCCUUCCCUAGCCUUCACCACAUUAGGGGGAAAUAUAACUUCGUUUCUGUCUGCUUCGUUUCAUUCCUCUAAACACGCACCUAGGAUAGACUUCUUAGUUAUUACAUAAUAGAGUUUUAAUAGUGUUUAAUUGUCGUAUAAUGAACAAUAUUUUGUGAGUUUUCCUUAUAAACAGCGUCCCAAAAUAAUUCAAGAUGUCACUGAAAAGGCAUCUGUGCCAUAUUGCAACAUCUAAAAAGGGCUUUGGUUUUUCGGGAAUCUUUUGAUGCGAGUUACCCUAGUAAGUGAUCAGUAAAAUGAAGAACGCUCAACUGACAGGAGGCUUACACCUGGUACUGCACACGCUAAUGAACUAUAUCACUAUGGCUGAGUCUGCAUCAGAAGAAUGUGGGGAUAGCUCAGUGUGGGAAACUAGGCCAAACCCACGCUACAGAACUUGCCAAGCUUUAACGUUUAGUGAUGAAGGAACCGAGGAAACCUUGCAGAUGAUCCGUAAAUCUUUACGAUCACCCAACCUGGAUAGUCAAGGUUCUCAUUUUGACAAAGACUUGCCACAUGUGUUCGUAACAUUGGGUGCUUCGGGAGAUCUGGCGAAAAAGAAAACGUACGUAACACUAUGGAUGCUAUUUCGAGACAAACUAUUACCAAGUAAAAUCAUUUUCUAUGGGUACGCCAGGUCAAACCUGACAGUGGAGGAUCUGCGGAAGAGAUGUGAACCAUACAUGACCGUUAGACCUGAGGAGAAGGAGCGUUUCGAGGACUUCUGGAAACUCAACUAUUACUUCCAAGGAAGUUAUGACAACCGGAAGGAUUUUGAAAUGCUGAACCAAGCCCUGGAGAAGCAUGAGCCCAGACAAGGAGUUGCACACCGAUUGUUCUAUCUUGCUUUGCCACCGUCUGUCUUCGAAACUGUAACAGUCCAUUUGCGCAACACGUGUAUGUCUACAAAAGGAUGGUCAAGAGUUAUAAUAGAAAAGCCAUUUGGGCGGGACUCCAACAGCUCGGAGAAGCUAUCUUCUCAUCUAGCCUCGUUAUUUAAGGAAGAGCAGAUCUACCGUAUCGACCACUACCUGGGAAAGGAGAUGGUACAAAACCUUAUGACACUCAGGUUUGGAAAUCGAAUCUUCAGCCCCACUUGGAAUAGAGAAUGCAUAGCCUCUGUUCAGAUCACUUUUAAGGAACCUUUUGGUACUCAAGGAAGAGGAGGAUAUUUCGAUGAGUUUGGUAUUAUUCGAGAUGUAAUGCAGAAUCAUUUACUUCAGAUUUUGAGUCUUGUCGCGAUGGAAAAACCUGCCACCAUCCAUCCAGAUGACAUCCGGAAUGAGAAGGUGAAGGUGUUGAAGUGCAUCCCAGAACUGAAAUUGGACGACGUAGUGCUGGGUCAGUAUGUUGGCAACCCUGAUGGAAAGGGUGACGAGAAAGUCGGUUAUCUGGAAGACCCGACGGUACCGAAUGGUUCUACGACUCCUACCUACUGCAUGGCUGUGUUGCAGAUCAAAAAUGAACGAUGGGACGGAGUUCCGUUCAUCCUACGCUGUGGAAAGGCUCUGAACGAGCGAAAGGCAGAGGUGCGUAUCCAAUACAACGAUGUUCCCGGAGAUAUAUUCAGCGGUAAGACAAAGAGAAACGAGUUGGUAAUCAGAGUGCAGCCUGGAGAGGCUGUGUACAUCAAGAUGAUGACAAAGACCCCUGGCAUGACCUUUGACAUGGAAGAGACCGAGUUGGAUCUUACUUAUGGAAGCAGAUAUAAGGGGGCAAGGCUGCCUGACGCAUACGAGAGACUGAUCCUGGAUGUGUUCUGUGGCUCCCAGAUGCAUUUUGUGCGCUCAGACGAACUGUCCGAGGCCUGGAGGAUUUUCACACCGUUGCUGCAUAAAAUUGACACUGAAAAACUGGCCCCAAUUCCUUAUAAGUACGGUUCGCGGGGUCCACCGGAGAGUGACGAGUUCCUGAAGAAAUGUAACUUCAAGUACUACGGCUCGUACAAGUGGGUCGAACCGACAUCGACGGUCAACCCAUAGGCCACAUCCCCUCUGCACUCUCUUCACACGUUUCAUCCCCACUCACAUAAUCAUUUUUGAUACUUAUUAGUUUUAGAGGUGUAUUACGGGAUCCAGGGACCAACAUCAACUCUAUGUGACUGACUUUGCAUUCCAUUUAUUUUAGGCUUGCGCAAUACCUAUGUAUGCUCAAUGUACUUUUAAAGCAAUAUUUAUUUUGUCGAUUACUUCAAGCUUGAAGCAUUCCAUUACCUGUACUCUCAGUGCCUGUACAAUACUUUUGAUAUUACUUAUUUAUUUGUUGAUUUUUAAAUUUGUUACAUUGUAUUUUUAUACUGAGCCUUUUUUAAAUCAUAAUUUUUGUCGUGGAAGACAAUAAAUUUCCUUUGCUGUUGGUUGGUUAAAUAUUUGUUGAGUUUAUUUUUGUACUAUUUUUUUAAGUAUUUAAUUGGUUUUAUUUUUGUUAUGAGAGACAAUAAAUCUUUUUUUGCUGUU